CGUUAUAACUUUGUUUAGAAAAUUAUGUUUUAGGAAUCGGUUCUAAAAAUUUAUCGAAAUAAAAUAUGUAAAAAUAAUUUAUUUUAGUUUUGAAGAAACUUAGAAAAAGAUUGUUCUUCAUUCUGCUAAUUAGUUUACACCUAUAAAGAGAGGAAUUAACACAAACAAGGAAAACAAUCCUUAAAAAACAGAAACUCCCUAAGAAUCAGUGACUGAGAUUAGUUUCUAUUUACAAGGGAACUCCUAGUAAUAAGGUAAGUUUUCUGUCCUUAAUCUUAGGAAUUCCAACAAGUUUUUAUAUAAUUGUUGGUUUAAUUAUUGGAAUAAGAUAUGUAAAAAUUAUUUUCUAGCUAUAUAUGUUUGAUUACUACUAAAUUUAUCUGCCACGUUGGGCGGUAGCUAUUGGCAAAUUAGCCUUCAAUUCUUUGAGUUCACUAAACUUGUAGUGAUUGCAACGAUUGAUUCAUCUAUUGAUAAAUCGAGUUGUAAUACCACAACUUUGAGUGUAAUGGUGCACUCAUCUCACGGUAGAUGGAAUGUGUGAGUUUCAUGUCUCUCUCUCUAGCAAAGCAUUGAAAAAUGGAAGCUUCAAUUCACAUCCACGAAACAUAUGAGACGAAUGCAAGAAUUUUCUCUAUAAUACGUGGUGCUUUGACACUUAAAUUGUGUAUAUGUAUCUGAAUUAUAGUCUUUGUCCUAUUUAUAUUAAUACAAGCACACUCAAAAUAUUAUAUAUUUAUUUCAAAAAAUUAAUAAUGAUAUUAACAAAAUAAAAAUAUACCAAGAUUUUUUAAUUUUUUAAAUAGCAUAUAUGGAUAAUUUUGCCCCUAAAUAGAGAGAACAUAUAUUCUGUCCCUGAAGAAAACCCAUUUUACAAAAAUGGGGUAUGUCCAAUGGAAAAAAUCGUUGAGGAAUAAAAGAACAACAACAGAUAUGAUGGAUUCAUUGAAAUAGAAAAAGAGAUCAAUCAUACAGUGAAACUAAAGAGAAAAAUAAUAGGGAAAACAACAACAACGAUAACGAUAGUUUACAAUCUAGGAAGGAGUAGUAGGAGGGGUCAGUCCAUUAUUUUAGUGGAUAAAAACACAAUGAAACGCAAAACAAUAAAUGACCAUUCCACUCCUGCGGUGGUCUUCCAAACAUUCCAACCGUCAAAACCUCCGUAUCAAAUUAAAUGACCACUCUGUCCCAUCUGCUCCCUAUCAAAUUCCCUCUCAACUCGCCAACUUCCACUCACUCCACUACCUCCAAAUCCCUUAUCCUUUGCAAGAAACGCAAUAGCGACACUGCGUUUGAGGAACAUAAAUCCGGGUUCGUCGACUACGACAAGGUUUCCACUCAGGUGAGUGGACUUAGGAAGGCCCAUAUCCCUAAACGGUAUCGUUUGCGUGUAGAAGGCGACCGCUUCCAGAAGGACUGGACCAUAUCUGCGGUGGUCGACCGAGUUAUGGAGCUCAGUCAUUGGGAAAAUGUCGAACCGGUACUGAACCGGUGGGUUGGCCGUUCUGCUAGGAAAAAUUUCCCCUUCCUCAUUAAGGGCUCAUCAGGCUGUAGCUAUUGGUGCAGCUCGCGAAGCAGCUCCCGCUAUCCUCUGAAGUACCUCCGCUAUUGUACGAAGUAAAUCUUCAUCACCUCGACCCUCUCGAUGAGGUCUAUUGGCUUUAUUUCCUCGAGCACCAACUUUAUCAACACCGUGUGCCUCGAUCUCAACCUGAUUUUCACCCUCAAAGGAGUGAUCACUGCUAUUGAUUCCAUCUUCAACAACAUUUCUUGAUUCUUCAGACAUUUCAUCUAUAAAACAGAGGAAUUCAUAAUCAGCAUCCAAACCUCGACUUUGACUCGACUCGACCUUGGCAUGUACCUUUAGACUCAAUUUUAAGAUUGAUUUAGUUAAGAGAAUUGACUAUACCUAUAGUUCUGAUACCACUAAAUAUAACACCCCAUACUUGAUCCGAUCGACGAGUCCGAGUUAUAGGAUGUCACAUUCAUUGCUAGUGUCGUAUACGAGUCAUAUACGAGUUCAUAUACGAGUCAUUGACUAUACCUUGGAUAUUACAUGUGUAUAACACGAUAUAUAAUCAUUUU